AUGGCUGACAGAAGCCCGGAAGAAGGUCGUGGCACAAAUCCCAAUACCUACCACUCACCGGCAGUUACCUUCAUUCUUUGCAGCAUCUCGGUUCUACAGGGGCCAAUGCACUCCAAACUCCGCAGAGUGUCUGACUUGCCCUUUGACAGAGCCACCCUUCAGUACCUGGCCAUACGAUGCCAAGAAGGCAAGGUGGACAUCACACAUCAGUUCAGAGAUGGCAACAGAACCUCUGCAGAACCCUCACAGAACAAGUCCUCUGAGAUGCUCAUUGGUGCUUCCCGAAGUUGUGCGUUCCCCGACCCAGGGCCCACACCAGCAGGCUCGCACUCGCUGAGUUACACGUCCACCGCCGUGUCCCGGCCCGGCCACCAGCACCCCUCCUUCGUCCUCGUGGGCUACCUGGACGACCAGGAGUUCGUGCGCUUUGACAGCGACGCGGCGAGUGCGCGGGUAGAGCCGCGGGCGCGCUGGGUGGAGCAGGAGGGACCCGAAUACUGGGCCAGAGAGACGCGGAUCGCCAGGAACAAUGCCCGGGUCUACGCCGAGCGCCUGGACAUCCUGCUGGGCUACUACAACCAGAGCAGGAACGGGUCUCACACCCUCCAGAGCACCUUUGGCUGCGAGGUGGGCUCCGAAGGGCGCUUCCAGCACGGCUACCGGCGCUAUGCCUACGAUGGCAGAGACUACCUUGCUCUGAAUGAGGGCCUGCGCUCCUGGACCGCCAAGGACACCAUGGCUCAGAUCACCUGGCAGAAGAGAGAGGAGUCCGGGGAGGCAGAGCUCUACAGGACCUACUUGCAGGGGGAAUGCGUGGAGUGGCUGCACCGGUACCUGAACGAAAGGAAGGAGGCUCCACACACAGAGUCUCCCAAAACACACAUAACCCACCACCACUUCUCGGACCAUGAGGCAACUCUGAGGUGCUGGGCCCUGGGCUUCUACCCUGUGGACAUCACCCUGAUCUGGCAGCGGGAUGGAGAGGACCUGAUCCACGAAACGGAACUAUUGGAGACCAGACCUUCUGGGGAUGGAACCUUCCAGAAGUGGGCAGCUGUAGUGGUGCCUUCUGGAGAGGAGCAGAGAUACACGUGCCAUGUACAGCACCAGGGGCUUCCAGAGCCUGUCACCCUGGGAUGGGGUAACGUGGGGGGUAGAGACUCUUCUCAGAGAGGUUAGAAGCCCACUCCCCAGAAAACUCAGAGGGUAGCACUGAACCCCGGGGGUCAGCUCUUGUCUUUCCUUUGUAUUCCCAGAACCCCCACCUCAGCCUCGCAUUCUUGUCAAUA